AUGACUGGAAGGCGUGCCUGCAUCGACUGCAGCUUCUGCCUAUUCUGCAACACCAUCCUCUGCUUCACCCUAGUCUUCUCCAUAGUGUGGUUCAUCUUCCUUCCCCAAGAGCCCAAAUUCAGCAUCACUAAUGCCUCUCUAACCAAUUUCGACUUCAUCGGGACCACCAGAACUCUCCACUACAACCUUGAGCUCAACAUUACCAUCAGAAAUCCCAAGAAGGUUGACAUAUACUACAAUAGCAUCCAAGUCAUCGCUAAAUAUAAAAAAAAGGAGUUUGCCAUGCUGACUGUAGAUUCCACACCAUUUUACCAAGGCCACAAGAACACAACCAUUUUGGAUCAUGUGGUACUUGAAGGGCAGCAAUCAGUGGAGUUUGGGGAGCCAGAGGUUUCCAAAUUUAAGGCAGAGACUGCUGCUGGGUUUUACAGUAUCGAUGUGCAACUUGUUCUUCAAGUAAAGCUCGGGUAUGACAUGUUCAAGACAAGGUAUUACCAGCAGUCAGGCGGCAAGAUCGAUUGCAAGCUGAAGGUUCCUUUGAGACAUGCUAGACGUUUCAAAACUACAAAGUGUGGAAAUGUAUACAUUAUUUCAGAUCCUGUUUUCUGA